CCAUUUCUAUCCUUGUCAAUUCCCAAUUUGCCAUUCCAUUCCAAUUUUCAAUUUUAAAAUUUCUUCUGACUCUACUGAAUUUAUUUUUAAAAGACAGAUUCUUCUCCUCUGCAGUCUCCAUGUGCUCUCUCUGCUUUGCUCUGCUCCGCUCCGCUCCCCCUCAAAAGUCUUCUUCCCUCUUGUCGGAUCCGUCCAUUUAUUUUCCCUCUCUCUAUCUCUCUGUCCCAAUCUCUAAUUGAAGUCAAAACUUAAGUGGGUUUUAUACUAAUUUGAGGAGACUUUGAAAAUGGCUUCUUACCCUCUUUGAUUCCCUCUGUAUCUCUUCCCUCUCUGUUAUUUAUCUCUGUUUCCAUGUCUCCACACCUAGCAUCAAGCAUGUCCGAUUCUUCUUCUUCCUCUUGGUUCUUCACCUACGCGAAUAAUCUCAAAUUCUUCUCUCUGGUCAGGCGGUUCCUGCACAAGAAGGCCGCCGGCAAGCGCUGCGGGCCGUCCGAUCGAAUCGGCAAACCAAGGACGAUCAAAUUUGAAACGGAGAAACCCGGGGGAGGAGAGAUGGGGAGAGGGAGUGAUCGAGAAGAUGGGACUGCGAUGCAGAGGUCGGUGAAGAGGCUUCACUUCGGAAGUAAUUGGGAAGAGAAGGAGACGGCGGCGGAGGAGAUAAAGCGAUUCGCCAGAGAAGACGUGAAGAAGAGGAAAUUGCUGGCGGAGCUGGGCGUUAUUCCGGCUUUGGUAGCGAUGGUGGAUUCGGAGGUGCUUUCUCGCCGGCGACUGGCGGUCCAGGCGCUCAUCGAGCUCGCUAAUGGCUCUUUCACGAACAAGGCUGUUAUGGUGGAAGCAGGAAUCCUAUCAAAACUGCCACACGACGCUACCGCUGGCGACGAAACGAUCAAUUGCGAAUUCGCACGGCUCCUCCUCUCUCUAUCUUCUCUGCCCAAUGCCCAAUUCCCUCUCCCUACAUCCCAAAUCCUCCCAUUCCUCCUGGACAUCCUCCACUCCACAGUCUCCACCUCCACCACCUUCGAAACCAAAGAUGCAUGCUUAGGCACCCUCUUCAAUCUCUCCACCACGUUGCCUAAUGCAGAGCUUUUGGUCUCCAGUGGCGCAGUACCCACUCUCCUAAUGCUCUCCCCCGCAAAAGAAGCCUCAGAGAAAGCCCUCGCAACAUUAGGGAACUUGGCGGUGACCAUAAUCGGGAAGAAGGCUAUGGAAAAUAGUGAUAUGGUUCCAGAGAGGUUGAUAGAGAUUAUGACAUGGGAGGAGAAACCCAAGUGCCAGGAACUAUCUGCUUAUAUCUUGAUGAUUCUUGCUCACCGGAGCUCUGCACAGAGGAAGAAAAUGGCAGAGUCCGGGAUAGUCCCUGUCUUGCUUGAGGUGGCCCUUUUAGGGAGCCCUCUGGCCCAAAAGAGGGCACUAAAGUUGCUGCAAUGGUUUAAAGAUGAAAGGCAAAUAAGGAUCGGGGCACAUUCGGGGCCACAGACGGGAAGAGUUGUUGCAAUUGGGUCACCUUUAAGUCAGAAGGAUACCCUCGAAGAGAAGAAGGUAAUGAAGAAUAUGGUUAAACAGAGUCUUUAUAAGAAUUUGGAAGUGAUCACUCGAAGAGCCAAUGGUGCUAGGGAUUGUUCUAAGUUUAAGAGCUUGGAUAUCAGUUCAAGCUCUAAGAGCUUGCCUUACUAGAGGCAUGACUUAUCACACCCAUCUGAAAAAUUUCCGGGCACUACCAUUCAUUUGCUGGAUGGUGGUGACAUGCUCGAUACACAUGCACUUGGCAUCCAAUACAAAUGUGCACUCUUGGGCGGUGGCAAAUGAUAAGAAACAAGAUGAAAGAAGCCUAGGAAAGAAAUCAAUGGACAUCCUCCCAUUGGAAUUGCAUCUCUGUGCGACUGCUUAUCUUGGUUUUUUACAUUGUGACACUUGACGUUUGUCGCUAGAAACGGGAAAACAUUGAGAAAUUCCCAUAGAUGCAUUGAUUUAUAGUGGUUUCAUACCACUGUUCAUGUGUUGUAUUUGAGUAUAUAUUGUAAAUAGUGCUCCUUUCUCAGUACCUACUACUUCAAAUAAUGAGUUAUUCAAUUCUUUUCCAUUCUCAUAAA